AACAUCACAGCUCACCAUGUUCUCUGUUCUUUCCCUUCUUCUACUGACAGGAGCACACAGUGCGACGGCUCGGAUUCACUAUCUGAAGUAUUUCCUCACUGGUUCCUCUCAAGUCACAAACUUUCCAGAGUUUGUGACUGUUGUUUUGGUCGAUGAACUUCAGAUCCUUCACUAUGACAGCAACACAAAGAAACUCGAACCCAAACAGGACUGGAUGUUAAACGCAACUGAUGCAAAGUUCUGGAAGGGUCAGACUCAGCUUGCUUUAACUGUAGAGCAGAACUUCAAAAAGUACAUCAAGAUCAUACAGGAACGCUUCAACCAAACUGGAGGUCUUCACAUUCUCCAGGUGACGUCUGGAUGUGAAUGGGACGAUGAGACUGGAGAAGUUAAAGCUUAUGAUCAAUAUGGUUAUGAUGGAGAAGACUUCAUAUCAUGGGACAUGGAGACAGAGACGUGGAUCGCUCCAACACCACAGAGUUAUAUCAUCAAAUUGAAGUGGGAUCAGGAGAAAGCUCGACUGACAUUCAAAAAAUACUACUACACCAAGGAGUGUCCCUCCUAUCUGAAGAAGUUCCUGGAGCAGGGGAGGAGCUCUCUGCUGAGAACAGAGCUUCCCAGGAUCUCUCUCCUCCAGAAGUCUCCCUCCUCUCCAGUCACCUGCCACGCUACAGGUUUCUACCCCGACAGCGCCAUGUUGUUCUGGAGGAAAGACGGGGAGGAUCUUCAUGAGGACGUGUACCGUGGAGAGGUUCUCCCCAACCAUGACGGGACCUUCCAGAUGAGCGCUGACCUGAAGGUUCCAUUAAACUCCCCUGAAGACUGGAGAAGCUACGAGUGUGUGUUCCACAUCUCUGGUAUGACGGAGGUGAUCGUCACCAAACUGGACAAAGACUCAGUCGAGUCCAACAGAGAGAAGCCCAUCAUCGUGACCACCAGCAUCACCAUCAUCGCUGCAGUGGUCGCUCUCGCUGUCGUCAGCGCUGUCAUUGGACUCAUCGUGUACAGGAGGAAGAAAGCCCAAAGUACUUCACCUGCUGGAACAGAUCCAGUUGUCUUACAGACGCUGAGACCAGGUGAUGGAGGUUCUAAUUCUCCAAGUGAGACGUCCUCCUGAACACAGUUUAUGGACGAGAAGCAGAACUCUUGUAGCAAAAUUAGUUUUCCAGAUGUGUAUAUAUUCAGAUUUUAUUUUAUUUCUAAUUUGGCCUGAACAAGAACUUAAUUAAUCCAGAGUUGCUUGUUUUUAUGUUUGGUUAUAUUCAUGCGUUGCUGUGUUCUUCACCUUUAAAGUUCAUUUUAGUGGAGAUUAUAAAAGGGUUGUGGGAUGUUUUAAGUAUCUCAUAUGAAAUGUUCUCUUAAUAUUUAUUAUGUUAGUUUUUAGGGACAAGGGACUUUUCUGUUUAAGCCUUGUUAACAUUUACACUGCAAAAAUUAAAAGGUUUCGAACCUCGCAAAAUUACCGAACUUAUCUUGCGUGAGUUUUUAAAACUUCACAUUUUCUCAAAGCUGUGAGUUCUAGUGUCCCUGCUCGUCAGGCUCCAGAGGAUUCAAGCAGUUUAUUCCACAUGCAGACGUGAAAUUGAUCACCCUGAGCAGUGAUGUUCUCCAUAUGAACAUUUUAAUACAUUGAUAUUGUCCUGUUGACGACUCACACACUUUACCGAACUCACUCAGUCACAUUCACUCACUCAGUGUUUGUUCUGUCACACGUUAAUCACACACAUUGUCCACGAAGCUGUCAGGGGUAGUUUAAGCGUUCUGAUUCUUCCUUAUGGACACUUGGGCAUGCGGACUGGAGCAGCUGGGGAUCGAACCUGUGCUCCUCUGGUUAGUGGACGAUCCGGUCUACCUCCUGAGCCACAGCCGCCAAAACAUGCAGCUGCAGAACCAGAAUUUCCUUCCUGUAUUGAACCUAAACACUCACCUUCAUGACGUUAGGUCACGUUUCCCCUGAUGAGACAUGAGACGUGUCAUAUCACAAUCGUUCCAUUUUGUGUUUUGCCAACUUAACUUCAGCAACUUUACAAAUUUAACUGAGUGAAGUUAGUUGAGGCAAAUAUGUUUACAAAUCCAUUAAACAUUCUCUGUUGAUUAUAUUUAGAAAUCGCAGUAACACAAAUUCAAGUUUUCAUUUGUACUGUGUAGAAAUUG